CUCUGGACAGGUUUUGAUAAAUCUCCCCCAAUGUUUUUCUAGUCUAUGUUUUUCUAGUCUAUGUUUUUCUAGUCUAUGUUUUUCUAGUCUAUGUUUUUCUGCGCAGUGUUCAUGGCGAUGAGCGUCACCGCCUGGUACCGAGGAUCGGCCGCCAUUCCUCUAUCCGGAGAAGAGAUCAUCACCCAGAUACGCAGCUUGGCUUAUUUAUACAAGAACAACUCCACCCUGGUGCUGAACACAUAUUUGCGGUACCAGGGCGCUCCGUUCAGCGACGCCAACUUCAGCUUCCCCCACUGGUUUGAGGAUGGUCUUCCCACCGCUGCUUUGGGCUACAAGCCCUGGAGAUGUCUAUGUCCCGGGGACCGUCUUCUGCAGGGUAAAGAAGCCUUUGCCGCCAUGUCGGAGUUCUUCCAGCUGGUCCGGGAUGACCAGAUGACCCUGAACCCUGCGGCGUCCGAGCUGCACCGGUCCCUGGAGAUCGCCCAGAGGUCCUCGGAGGCUUUAUUUAGUAACCUCAGUGAUGCCCUGAUCAUCCUGGGCUACCAGACGUCAUUCAGCCAGCCCGAACCCCUGAGCUGGACCUCUACAGACGUCAGCACCUUCAAGAGGAAGGUCCGAGGCUACGUGCUGUGCAGGGAGUACCGGGACUGGCUGAUGCGGGUGCAGAAGGACAUGGACAUAUUAAGGACCACAAGGAACCGGAGAGAGAGUGCGGCGCAGAACAGGAAGGAUUGCUGCUGAUCCUACAAGAUGGAGGCAGAAAUAUCCUAAAGUAUCCGAGAGGUGUCCCUGCAGGAUGUCUGAGAUACGGGUCCUGUACAGGAGCAGGGGCACCCACCUGGGCUGAUGGAGCUGGAGGUCCGUCCGGCCAAGAGGAAAAUGCCAAAGAGGACCAGAGGUCUAGUGGGGCCACACCGGGCACAUCACUGAGGCUGUAUCUAAUCUUAUCAUGUGGGAUACUGUCUGCAGCUGAUGUAUCUAAUCUUAUCAUGUGUGAUACUGUCUGCAGAGCUGUGUAUCUAAUCUUAUCAUGUGUGAUACUGUCUGCAGCUGAUGUAUCUAAUCUUAUCAUGUGUGAUAGUGUCUGCAGAGCUGUGUAUCUAAUCCUAUCAUGUGUGAUACUGUCUGCAGGUGAUGUAUCUAAUCUUAUCAUGUGUGAUACUGUCUGCUGAGCCGCUGUAUCUGAUCCUGUCAUCUG